CUCGUGCGAUUCGUAAACAGUGAAAACUUGUGUAACACGGUGUGAAAUAGUAUACGUAUUGUAAGAUGCAAUAGUUUGACGUUGUUUCGUUAGUGUACCUUCUAGUUGAACUAGAAAUGGCUCUCCGUUUGUUGCUAAACUGUCGGGAGAUCCCCGCUGCAAUCAGGGCUAAUUCGCUGAUACAGUAUCCUCGAAUAAUAUUGCACAAUGUUGGCGGUGGAGGCGUUGGUCGGCAGCUCAACAUACUGCGGUACACACGUAAUGCUCGAAACACGCGAUCGGAAUCGUUUGCGCCAAAGCAAACGAUCGUUCCCACAGAGGUGCAAGGUAUCGUAAUCGAGUCCGGUUAUAUUGAUCCGUCGAAAAUAUGGCGAUCAUUUCUGUUCACGGUUGCGUUUAGCACUGGUAGUUUCGUGGCAGUUUCCAUCUGGGAGUAUGAGACGGUACGCUCUCGUGCGAUGCAGGCGCUGCGGAGUAAACUGAGCGUAAAUUGGUUCAAGGAUCGUAUGCGACAGAACCGACACGAGAUGGAGCAGUGGCAAAAGGAUUUGAGUGGUUGGUGGAACAGACUUUCGCCCGGGGAGCGGAUAUUUGCUCCGAUCUGCGCCUUUAACGUACUUGUCUAUGGUCUUUGGCGGAUCCCAAGCCUUGCGCCGACGAUGGUGAAAUAUUUCGCCUCAAACCCCGCAGCAAAAGCCGUCUGCUGGCCUAUGGUUCUCUCCACGUUCAGCCAUUACUCAUUGUUUCACAUUUUGGCGAACAUGUACGUACUGCAUAGCUUCUCGCACGCCGCCGUUGCCACACUGGGAAGGGAGCAAUUCCUGGGAAUGUACCUGAGCGCCGGUGUGGUUGCAUCGUUCGCAAGUCACGUGUUAAAAACGAUUUCACGGCAACCUGGACUUUCGCUUGGGGCAUCCGGUGCUAUUAUGGCCGUCCUUUCCUACGUGUGCACACAGUAUCCGGACACUCAGCUAAGCAUAUUGUUCCUGCCGAUGUACACGUUUUCGGCUGGCGCGGCCAUCAAAGUUAUCAUGGGUAUCGAUUUGGCCGGCGUACUACUCGGAUGGAAAGUGUUUGACCAUGCCGCCCAUCUUGGUGGAGCCAUGUUUGGGCUGUUUUGGUGCUACAUCGGCAGCCAGAACGUGUGGCCGAUGCGGGAGUACUUUAUCGGUUAUUGGCACGAACUAAGAGGGCCACCAAGAAAAUGACCUUCAAGCAUGAAGUAAAAGCACGAAAA